ACCUGGUCUUGCUCUUUAUCUUUGGCGUCCUUCGGCCAGGGUACCUUGUGCUCUGCAAAAAUUCAACAUUUUUCCCGAAGGAAAUGGAACCCCAGUAUGUUUCUUCGACGCUAUCUUUCCUGAAAGCCAUGGGAAUCACCAAGCCUGUUCCUCAAAAUUGCAAUACCUACGACUUCUACUCCGACAUCCUUCGCAAUUGUCUCAAGGUCGAUCAUAUCCAAAGGGGACAAAUCACUUGCACCUUCACCGUCAAACCUCCUCUUGAAUUUUUCAAAUCCCUUCAUGGUGGGGCUCUUGCGGCUGUAGUUGAAUUGGUGUCCGUUGAUUGCGCUAGAACUGUUGUGGUUGAGGAUAAGGAAAUUUUCCUUGGGGAAAUUUCCUUGGCUUGCCUAUCUGGCGCCAUGCAGAAUACGGAGUUGCAAGUCAAUGGCUUAGUGGUAAAAAGUGGGAGAAACGUGACUGUGGUUUUACUUGAGUUUAAACAAAAGAAAACAGGGAAGUUAACUUAUACUGCUCGUGCUUCCUUCUAUAACUUGCCAGUUUCCAGGUUAUGAGCAUUGAAGUUUCUGUUGAACUUAGAAUGGGUUCUCAGUCUUGUUUGUUAUGUUUGAUGCUAUUUUGAUUGACACUAUUUUGAUUUCGUUUGUACCUGCUAAUUGCUUAGGCAUAGUUAGAGAUAACUCUCAUCGUUUCUUUGAUAGACACGAGCAGUAGGGUCUAAUUCUAUUCGCUCCUUUAUUUUCUCGA